AUGGGUUCCCACACUGUUUCUCCCCAACCUCAUGUCCCUUCGUCGGGAGUCUGGUGCCCUGCGGUUACUUUCUUUCACCAUGACACCGACUCGUUAGACCUCGCCUCUCAAUCCAAGUACUUUGCUUAUCUAUCCAAAACCGGGCUAGCGGGUCUAGUAAUCCUGGGGACCAACUCAGAGGCCUUCCUCCUCACUCGUGAAGAGCGAUCUCAGCUCAUCUCAACCGCACGAGCCGCCGUUGGGCCUGACUUCCCACUGAUGGCCGGUGUCGGUGCGCACUCGACCAAGCAGACCCUCGAGCUUGCACAGGAUGCCGCCGCCGCUGGUGCCAACUACCUUCUCGUCCUCCCUCCCGCAUACUUCGGCAAAGCUACAAACAUGAACGUGGUGAAACGCUUCUUUUCCGAAAUGGCCGCCAAGUCACCUCUCCCAGUGGUGAUAUACAAUUUCCCCGGGGUGUGCAACGGGGUGGACAUGGACUCCGAGACCAUUGCCGCUAUCGCACGGGAGUCGGCGUCUGCGCAUGCCAGUGGACGGUCCAACGUGGUCGGGGUCAAGUUGACCUGUGGAUCCGUGGGAAAGAUCACUCGGCUGGCUGCAUCAUUUGCGCCCGAGGACUUUGCGACCUUUGGUGGACAGUCCGAUUUCCUGAUUGGUGGGUUAGCUGCAGGAAGUGCUGGAUGCAUCGCCGCGUUCGCCAACGUCUUUCCCAAAGUGACGGCUCGGAUCUAUGCCUUGUAUCGGAAGGGUCAGAUUGAGGAGGCGGUGGAGCUCCAAAGGAAGGCGGCACUCGCCGAAAGUGCGAUUAAAAGUGGCAUUGCGUCAACCAAGCAUGCGGUGGCAUGCUACUCGGCCCAGUUGGCAGGGAUCCAGGAUGCAGCAGGUAAUCUGGCCCCUCGACACCCUUACGAAGAGGUGGCAGAGGGGGCGAAAACCGUGAUCCGACAGGUGAUGGCUGAGGUUGCUGAGAUCGAGAAGAGCCUAUAA